UGCUCGACGGGAACGGUUCGGUUUCAAGCCAUAACUUUGCGCUUCGUUCAUUUUUCAUUUCUAUUUCUAAUUUUUCCUACGUCGAGCGCGCGCGCGUGGCUAAAUUAUUAUUUGUUUGUAGUAGAAACGCGGUGUUUGAAACUCGCAGUCAAAACAAACCGCAGAAAGCAUGGGCGUGGGUGGGGGUUUGUGGGCCUCGGCCAAGUCAACCGUGAAGACCUUCCUGUUUUUCGUGGCGUUUUGUGCGAUCCUGCCGGUUUUUGCUAUCAGUUAUGCAACGGUUUCAACAACCCGAAAACUAUGGAUCGCAUUCCUGGCGAAUCGCUACCCGUACCUGAAGUUUGCCCGCACCAACAACAUCCGAAGUCUGGUUGACACGUCCCGGAAUCCCGGAGUGUUCCACGUGCUGCUCCAAAUCGAAGGAUCCUGCGACAUCCACGCGAUCAAGGCCAAGUUCAUCGACCAGGUGCUGAGCCGGCGCGAUCAGUACGGUCGGCUGUGCUUUGGCCGGUUAAAAUUCCCGCUGAUCUCGUGCUGGGGUCAGUACGCGUUCGUCAAGAAGACCAAGGACUUUAACAUCGACAACCACAUCAUUCUGGCACCGACGCUGCACCGAGGCCGGCCGCUGACGGAGGCGAACCUGCAGGACUACGUGAGCGAGUUCAUCUCCAAGUACAUGCCGCCGGAGAUUCCACCGUGGCAGAUCUUUUGCAUUCCGAUGGCGCCCGGAGGUCGGGACGGGAGUGGAGUGGCCGCCGAGUGUGACAGUGUGGCACCUUACUACUAUCUGCUGUACCGGGUUCAUCACCUGCUGUUGGAGGAGCAAACGCGGCUGAAGAUCUCCGAUUUACUGCUGGUUGAUGUGAAGCAGGGUGCGGUUGAAACUGUGGGAAGCCUCUCCGAGUGCAACUCGAUCUUCGCCAACAUGAUGAGGGGCCCUGUUUAUUUGCCAAAGAUGUGGCGCGAUCUGAACGCGUCGAUCAGCAACAAGUGGAACGAAUUUGUGUACAACCACGAUCCGCUCGAGUCGCCGGACAUUGAGAAGAAGCAGAUCAAGGGAAUUCAGCAGCUGCUGUCGAUGCUACUGAUUGGCGUGGUUGUGAUCGUGUCGGAUUUCGUGCGUGGUUAUUCAAAGGUUUCCGCAAAUCCACUGAUCAAGAUCGACUAUCUCAAGUCACUGAUCGAUCGGGAGAUUCAGCGCCGGAACUUGACGCUGGGCACAAUUUGGAACGCGAUUCUGAGCUCGCUCGAUCCGAUCAACGUGGUGAAGGAGUGGAUCUUCCUGCUGUGGAAGAUCGGAGCCACGAUCACCCUGAUGGUUCCCUGGUACAUCUACCGGGAAGUAGAAGCCAUGCGGAUCUACAUGCUGAUUGGAAAAAUAAAGCGAAACACCGUCGCAGGAUUCCUGCUGGAGUACGUGCCGGUUUUGUACGGUGGACUGGGAGAGUGUUUCACCGGAAUUAAGCUGCUUUAUACGGCACCCAGGUUGGUCGCGGAAGAACUGUUUGAGCGUCGAUCCGACAUCACGGAGCACUAUCUGCAGAAUGUUUCCCUCUGUGGGCGGAAAGUAGUCUCGUGGUCGGAGAAGAUACGGAUGGAUGAGUUGAAGUUGGUGGAACAAGGCACUGGACGGAAAGCAGGAUAUUCCAACCACACUCCAAACGAAACUGAGAUCCUGCUGGCCAUCCUAUCAAAAUCCUUGCAAGCCCUCUGCUAUGAAGGUGACGGCAAAAUCCCCCGGAUGAUGCACCUCAGCGGUCGCUGCAUGUUGGAGGAUUACCUGCUGGGAACAACCAACUACCGCACCGGAAACAGUGGCUUCAUCUCGCUCAAUCUCCCCAUCGAGAGUCUCGACCAGCGGACUCUUCUACGAUCGAUCCGCUACUCGAUCGCUCAAAUUCGUCAGAAGCAAAUAAUCUUGAACUUUUUGACGAUCGCCCAGCUCAAACACGACUUCCUAACGAACGCCCUUCCCGUUGUGGUCAUGAAACUACUGAUGAACUACCUUUCGCGACGAUUCGCCGUGACCAUGACCGAGGUAAUCGAGAACCCCAACGUAACGGAACGUCGCAAUCUGCUGGGCCACACCAUCAAGGACAUAAUCUACUUUAGACCGCCGCAGUCCAACACGAGCGUGUCGAUUACGGUACAACGGUUCAACGGAGAGGUUCGGUUCGCUUGUAUGGCCGACUCCCAGAUCGGACCCAAACAUCUCGCGUUGACCGCGGGCUUUCGGAAGCAUUUACAAAAUAUUCAAGAUCUUUAAUUAACAUGGUUUUAAUGAAUAAAGAGUCUGACUAACAGGA